AUGUGGGUGCAUCGGUCUUCAGCUGAAUCUGCAAAAGACGAUGUUCUUGCGGAACGGAUGGGUCUCGGAUGCCCAUUCACGCUCAACGGAACGAACAUAUCCGAAUGCACCAGCUACUUUUAUCUGGGAGGAGACGAGCGGCUUGAGGAUGUAGUGAAGAAGACCGGGAACACCCGGCUCCGUGCUCACCUCUUCAACACCACCGUACUUCCUGCUUUGACCUAUGCUUCGGAAACCUGGGCAUUUCGCAAGCAGGAAGAAAACGCGGUGAGCGUCAUUGAACGCGCAAUUGAGAGAGUGAUGCUAGGAGUGUCCCGUUUCACGCAAGUGAGGGACGGGAUUCGAAGUUCUCUUCUACGUCAGCGAUCAAAGAUUAGAGACGCCACCGCGUUUGCCAAGAAAAGUAAAAUAAGGUGGGCUGGACACGUGAUGCGCUUUAAUGACAACCGUUGGACCAGAUCCGUGAGCGACUGGAUUCCCCGCGAUAUUAAGCGCACUACAGGAAGACCGCCGACCCGAUGGUCAGAAUUCUUCACGAAGUCCUUCAAAGAAAAAUAUGAUGUUCUUCGUGUCCCACGCGAAAAGAGGAACCACUCGGCUACUCUGGCACGCGAUCGGAACAAAUGGAAGAAUUACUGA